AUGAACAUAUUCACAGAGGAAAUUAAUCGAGGUGCUGGAUCGCUAGUAAAACUUAUCACGCCCGUUUCAAUAUGUAUGUUGCUCGUUGUUCUCGGAAUGCAUAUGAACGACUUCUACGCUGUACACCAGGAAAAAAUUAAUCUCGAAAUUUUAAAGCACGUAGUUCUACCAACUAAUCCAACCGUUUCAAAUAUAGCUAUUUCAAUUUCUGUAACUGCACUUCUUCUCGCAGCUGUUAUCACAAGUACAACAUGUCUUGUAAUUUUGUAUAAAUUUGAGUUCUAUAAGGUAUUAAAUGUCUGGAUCGUCUCAGGAACAGUUAUUUUACUAUUCGGGUUAGGAUUGGUUCGAAUAAAAGAAAUAUGCGUGUUUUUCAAUAUUAGUCCUUCAAUUAUCACAGUUUUCAUUAUUGUUUCAAAUUUUACCGCAUUGGGCGUUAUAUUUAUCCAUUACAAAGGCCCAUUAAAAGGACAACAAGCUUAUUUAAUAGUAUUAUCAGGAUUGACAGCUUUAAGCAUUCUUAAAAAUUUGCCGGAUUGGACGGCAUGGAUGCUGCUGAUCGGAAUGUCGAUUUGGGACAUUUUUGCGGUUCUCUCGCCAUAUGGACCACUUCGGUUUCUCGUCGAGACUGCCAACGAGCGAGACGAACCCUUAUUCCCAGCGUUGUUAUACACAUCGGGUGUUAUUUAUAAUUGUAUGGCGACGCCGUCGAACACCCAAGGCGCGCAGAAUUACCGAAGCGAACGAGACGAAGUCAAAAUGGGUCUCGGUGAUUUCAUCUUCUAUUCGGUGCUCAUCGGAAAAUCGACCGAAUUCGACGACUGGAAUACCGUACUCGCCUCGUAUUUGGCGAUAAUUGUUGGCCUUAUUGUCACCAUUAUUCUAUUGGCGAUUGUCGGCAAACCGCUGCCGGCGCUUCCAAUCUCCGUCGCAUUUGGGGUGACAUUCAAUUUUUGCACUGCACAUUUGAUCACAGAUUUUCUGAAUAUGCUCACAAAGCGUCAGCAAUUAAUUUGA